GUUGUAAACACCACAAAGAAAUUUUUUUUGUUGUAGUCUCCACGAACUGUUGUAAUAUAAUCUCAGAUUUAAACACUUUAAAUCUGUGGUAUAAUCCACACAAGCACAGGCCCGUUUGGCCCUUUAAGCAAAUUCAAAUUUAAGCGAGCUUGCGGUUUCGCAGUACCGAGGGAGUCACCGUCCAACCACAGAUAGAUACAACUCUGCGCUGUACGUUUAUCACAUCCUCAAGGCAAGUAGGAUUUCUGUGGCAGCGAUACCAAUGUUUGUAUUUUACAAUUGCUGAAUAAAUAGUCGUAAUUUUCCUCCAAUUCGAUAAGACGACUUUUUAGAAUGAAUAACGAUAAACAGCUGUUGGUAAAUGCUGACGCUAACGAGGAGGUUUACAAUGACUACCGCAUCUCCAGUGGAAGCUCUAGAUCAAGUCAUUCCUCCAACACUCAGCCACAACCGAUUACGUACCCGGUCAGUAACUCAAAACCGAGAUCAUUACCACAGUAUGUCGCUGCUAUAACAGCAUCUCUAGCUGCAUUUGCAUCGGGCACUGUCCUGGCAUGGACCUCUUCAAUUAUAUUAAUCCUAGAAGGGGGCCACUUCAACAACAUAUCGAUCACAAGUGACCAGAUGGGUUGGAUCGGCUCCUUCGUUACUUUAGGCGCUAUGUGCACAUCAUUCCCUUUUGGAAUUAUCUGUGAUUGUAUCGGCCGAAAGGCCGCCCUACUCGCCCUCAUAAUUCCAUUCAGUGUCGGUUGGUCGCUGAUAAUUUGGGCCGACUCUUUGCUAAUGUUGUAUUUCGGACGGUUCAUUUCGGGAAUGGCAGCCGGUGCCUGUUGUGUAGCCGCACCUCUCUACAUAAACGAAAUUGCGCACAAAUCAAUUCGGGGCACUUUAGGCAGUUAUUUUCAGCUCAUGGUAACGGUUGGCAUUUUGUUCGCAUACGUCGUAGGUAAGUUUGCAACUCCGAUUCUAUACACUGCAAUUUGUGCUGCGGUGCCUUUCGUUUUCUUCUUGUUCUUCGUUUUCCAACCGGAAUCCCCUCUCUACUCUUUGAAGAAGGGACAAUUCGAUAAGGCUUACAAAAGUCUCUCCUACUUGCGCGGGUCCGAUUAUAACGUGACCGAUGAAAUUAUGACGCUGAGAUUACUGGAGGAGUCACAGCAAAGUAGCCUUUCGGUUUCAUACUCGUUGAAGAAAGCUGCCGGCUACAAAGCCUACAUAAUCGCUUUGGCUUUGAUGUUUUUUCAGCAGCUGUGCGGAAUUAACGCCAUCAUUUUCUACACUCCUGAUAUUUUCGCGUCGUCCGGCGCGAAAGUGGAUCCACAAAUUGCCACAAUAUGCGUCGGCGCAUUCCAAGUGAUCGCCACCUUUAUCUCCUCGUUAAUUGUCGACAAACUCGGCCGGAGGAUGCUUCUAAUCAGUUCUGAGGCAAUCAUGGCGGUUUCAACCGUUUUCCUUGGACUAUUCUUCACACUGAAAGACAGGCAGAUUGUCGCCGACGACAUUGUUAGCGUGCUCGGAUUUCUUCCGGUCGUAUCUUUGGGCGUUUUCAUCAUCAUGUUUUCAAUGGGUUUGGGUCCUUUACCGUGGACAAUUUGUGGCGAGAUUUUUAGUUCUGAUCUGAAAAGCUUCGCCAUUUCUAGUGCGGUCACUCUCAACUGGUUUUUGGCAUUUUUGGUAACUAAGUUUUAUCUUAAGCUUGAGCUUCUGAUAGGAAGCGACGUGAUGUUUUAUAUUUUUAGCGGAAUUUGUGUUAUUGGCACCGUGUUUUGUUAUACUUUUAUACCUGAAACUAAGGGAAAGACUAUUGAACAAAUUCAAAAGGAACUUGAAGGCUCUUAAGGAUCUCUGUACUUGUAUAGGCCAACUGUUAUUGUGUUUCCUAUUACUAAUGUUCCUAGUCAAUCCCAAAAAUCUCAUAUAUUUACAAACGUACCUAUCUAUUAUAUUAUAUUUACAAAUAUAUUUUUUAUCAUUU